UGGUGGUGUGAGACACAACAGCCAAUAAAAACAGUUUCUAGAUAUUUAGUAGUUCGCGCCACGGCAUUACUUGCAUGACAACAGAUUGAGCAGUUGAGAGUAGAGUCCUCUGAUAAAGUUAAAAUUCUAGUUGAACAUUAGUAAAUACAGAUAGAAGAGACACAAAAUUUAAUCGUAAGAAGUAUGAAGAUUGCGUCCAGAGCACUUCUGGUGCUAUCGGGAAUUCUAGUGACGGUUUUCUGGAGUAUUUCUGCCGUGGAAAGUCGAUGUGCCAGUUCACAAUAUCCUUGUGGUAACGGAAAAUGUAUCCCUCUCUCUUGGCGAUGUGAUGAAGAUGAUGAUUGUGGAGAUAACUCUGAUGAAGAAUCGUGUGCACCCAGGACAUGUAGUGAGAAUGAAUUUUCCUGCCCAGGUGAAACCAAAUGUAUCCCAACUAGAUGGAUGUGUGACAAUGAUUCUGACUGUCAGAAUGGAACUGAUGAAGCUCCAGAACUCUGUGAAAGCCGCUCAUGUGAUGAGGAACAAUUUGCAUGUGGGGACAAUGGACAGUGUAUUCCAAAGGCCUGGAGAUGUGACGAACAAGCAGACUGCCCAAAUGGGGAGGAUGAACAAGGAUGCCAAAACUUUACAUGCAAAGAUGAUGAGUUCACUUGUGCCAAUGGCAAUUGUAUCACCAUGAGGUGGGUCUGCGAUCGUGAUGAUGACUGUGAAGACAAUUCAGAUGAGCAUAACUGUGCUCCUCCAACUUGCUCUCCCGAAGAGUUCAUGUGCAACAAGACCCGUCGUUGCAUCCCCCUGAAAUGGCGCUGUGACGUGGACCAAGACUGUACAGAUAACAGCGAUGAAGAAAACUGUCCCUCUACACCCCCUGGCGCCCAAUGCAUGGAACAGGAGUUCCAAUGUGCUGUUGGCUCUUGUAUCCACAUCGCCUGGAAAUGUGACGGUGAUGAGGAUUGUGAUGAUGGAAGUGAUGAGCGUGAUUGCGGGGAGAUCACUUGUAAACCUGAUCAGUUCCAAUGUGGUCCCAAUGAUUGCAUCUCUGGUCAGCUUCAGUGUGACGGCUCUGUUGAUUGUGAGGAUGGGUCAGAUGAGGAUGAUUGUCCAACCCCAACCACUCACUGUGAUGAACAAACCGAGUUUGAUUGUCUGGGAGAUGGCAGUGAAUGUAUUCAACUCAGUCAGGUCUGUGAUGGAACAGCUAACUGUGGAAGUGGUGAAGAUGAACCUCGAGGAACCGACUCCUUCUGUCAGACUGCUGAACAUAAUGAGUGUAAAACCAAUAAUGGAGGUUGUGCCCACACAUGUACCAAUGCCUUCACCCACGUCUUCUGUUCUUGUAAUAAGGGCUACAAAUUAGGAGCUGAUGGUAAGAGCUGUGAAGACAUUGACGAGUGCCUUAUUCCGGGUACUUGCUCUCAACUAUGCAAGAACUUAAUUGGUUCAUUCAAGUGUGACUGCUAUGAUGGAUAUACACUGGAGCGUAAUACUAACAACAGACCACACUUCUGUAAAGCUAAUGGAGACGUGCCAUCCUUAUUGUUUAGUAAUCGACGUGAUGUCAGAGUUCUCAAAUUAGACUCUACUAAAGAUUACAAGUCAUUUGUGGAUGGAACCAGAAGUGCUGUUGCUACAGAUUACGAUCAUGCUCGCCAAUUAGUAUUCUGGUCCGAUGUUGCAGAAGAGAGAAUUUACCGCAAAGAUAUCGGAAAUGAAAAUCGUAUGGAGCUGAUCAAUAGUGAUAUUGCAACCCCCGAUGGCAUGGCUUAUGACUGGAUUCAUCAUCUCCUCUACUGGACAGACACUGGCAAGGACACUAUUGAGGUGGUACAUAUAGAUGACAACACCAAGCGUUCUGUUCUUGUGAGCACUGACCUGGAUGAACCAAGAGCUAUUGUGGUCGACCCACAUGAGGGAUGGAUGUACUGGAGUGACUGGGGAAGCAAACCAAGAAUUGAGAAGAUCUCUAUGGAUGGCCUCAGUACUACCCGUGAACAAAUCGUCACACAUAACAUCCAGUGGCCCAAUGGUCUCACUAUAGAUUAUGUGAGCCGCAGACUCUUCUGGGUGGAUGCCAAGAGACACAGUAUUGACUCGUCUGACCUUGAUGGACUCCAUAGACAACUUUUACUAACUGAUGAGAAUACACUCAAACAUCCAUUCUCCAUCACAGUUUUCGAGGACUAUGUCUACUGGACAGAUUGGAAACUGGAAUCCAUUAGCAAAAUGAACAAAUUCACUGGCAAGAACUACACCCAGGUGGCCAAGAAUCUGUUCUCCCCCAUGGAUAUCCAUGUGUACCAUCCUCUCAAACAGGUUGCUGGAACCAAUUAUUGUGAAGCACAAUCCAUGAAAUGUUCUCAUUUGUGCCUGCCCAAAGCGCGUUUGAAUGCAAGAUCAGCCAAGGUGGCCUGUGCCUGCCCAUCUGGCUGGGAGCUUGCAGAAGACCAACAGACAUGCAGAGAUACAAGGCCAACAACAGUUGCUGCAGCAGUGACCACUGAGUCGGUUGAGUCGAGUAGUGCUAAUCCUAGUCAGUCCCCUGCCAUCACACAGCCAAAUACAGUAUCAGCUAUUACUGCCCAAAUUCCCAGUGAACACACCGUUACCUACAAACCAGACCCACACCACCCACCAGUUGUUGUGAUGAAUGGUACUACUACCCCUAAGACACAUAUCAAAACUCCAGAAGCCGAAGAUUCAAACAGUGGACAACUCAUUGGCAUCAUUGUUGGAGUCGUUGUUGGAGUGCUCAUCAUAGUUGUAAUUAUUGGCGUUCUUGUAUGGCGUAACUACAGGAGGAAAGCAACAAAGAGCAUGAACUUUGACAAUCCAGUGUAUAGGAAAACUACAGAAGAUCAAUUUAGUUUAGAGAAAAAUCAAUACCAGCCAGCUAGACAGUCAACACACCAUCAUAGUGCUGUAAGUCGUGAUUCUACUUUAGAACCAUUGACAGCACCAGGCACAGAGUUAGUGUGAGAGAGAGUGGGCAGUGUUGCAAUAUAAAAUCCCAGAGAGCAGCUAUGAGAGAAAGUAUGAGAAUGUUUGUAUGGUGUCCAAGUCCAACCUGAACACGGUCAACAGGGCACAUGGACUGUAAAUGUGAGUGAAGUCGGGCAUCAAGUAUUCCAAAGCCAGUAUUACAGCAAGGGCUAGCAGUGCCUAGACACACAACCAAAUACAUUCAAAUGCUCAAUUGAACAACCAAAUAACAAUCAUUGGCAUAUGCAACUGGAAGUGUUCAAAUGCAUGCAGUCUAUGCGGCCAGACUUGGAUAAUGGAUACUCUACUGCUGCUGCUGCCACCCCUCUAUUGCUCAAAACUGGACUCGCCAAGAGCAAACCAUUCAUCAGGCAGCCUAAAGUUAAGGUUUCCAUUUUUGUUUUGUAUGUUUUAUUUGUUAUUGAUGUCAUUGCUGUCAGAUACAGUUUUACGGUCGGAUGAACCCUCUGAUUUUAGAACUAUUCUGAGGAGCAAUGAUCAUGGGCCUUAGAACUGUGCAUUGAGAUAUCAAAGUUUGAGGAGGAAUGUUAUUUAUUGCUUAAAUGACUCUGUAGCACAGUUUGACUGUCCUUGUUCGGACGACUUUAAGUCAUUUUGUUUGUAUAUACUUAUGUUCUCACAGUAGUCUAUAGUUCACGCUGUAAACAACUGAUAUUAUUAUUUUGUGUUCUUUUACUUCAUCUGUUUUCUAUAUUUGUUAUAGCUUGUUAAUUUAUGUUUGAGCAUAACCAUAUGUUGCAAUAUUAGAUGGGAAUGGUGGAAAUAGUUUGUGCUAGUGCCUGGAGAUUUGACACAAACUCCAGUGUCCCCUAGUUCUAGCUGUAGUAGGUAGUGACUGUGUGGUAGAACCAUAACUACCAAGGUAUCCCUGUACAGUAACAUACAGAUCAAACCAGGUUCAUUUAUAUCAUCUGCUCCCAUCAUCUCUUGUAUAUAAUCAUUAAACUCAUUGUCGCCAUCAUUUCAUCCAUUCAUAUCAGCCCUGGUUUCAUCUGGAUGUAUCCAAAAAAUGAAGUUGUAAAUGUUUUGUAUGAACUUGUACAUUACACCUCAAGUGUUCUAAAAUGAAAUGUUGUAUGUAUAAAAGAAAAUAUUAUAAAAUACUAGGGUAAGGUUGAUGGCUCAACUGGAUAUGACUGUUAAGAUCAUGUUCUGGGGAGAUAUUGACCAGACUCUGAAAUAAUGUGCUGCAAUCAGAAACACUGAACUAUAGAAAUGAAUCAAGCAAAUUGUUGUUAAAUGGGUGCAAUCCAGAUUUCUUCAAUCCAUCCAUUAGUUGUAUUUGUACAUAUUUUCAUAAAACACAGCUAAUCAAAUGUUUGAAUGUAUUCAACAACAAUUGUAUAUACUGGCUAUAAGACUGGCUUCGUAAAAGAAUGUACACUAUCUCAUUUAAAUUUGAUAUUAAGAAAACAGCUGAUUUAAAUUUUCAUUGUCUGGCCGGUCACAAAAAUUGUCUCAUUUAAUGUGAUAUUAAAAAACUGGCUAAAUCUAAGAACAAUAUCUCAUCUAAAAAUUGUGAUAUUUAAAGUUUUGAAAAACAGCUGUUGUAACUUUUUAAGAAGUUGGUAUGUUCCUUUUCACUGACCAUAAAAUGACUAUGAAAAGGAUUCUCAUUUUAAGUGCGAUAUUAAACGAACAGCUGCCGUGACACUUCUAAGAAGUUGUUAAUAUUCAUUCUCUGUAAUGACCAGUCUCAUACAUGGCCUUAUACAUGGCCUUAUACAUGUUAUAUAAGUACUGUACCUCAAUCUCAGACCAUCUUUAUAAUCCAUUUUUAUUUUUCAGUGACUUGUAAAUAAUUUGUCAUAUUAUGUGCACCCAAAAUGCUUUGUAUAUACAGAUUUUGCCAAAUGUGAAUGUAAUAAUUAUAAGUUUGUGGAAACAAUUUGGUGUA